ACAGAGUUGAACAGUCGAGCGCAGAAGUUGUGGCUAACUCGAAGAAAGUGUCCAAGCUGAAAAAUGGGUCGAAGAUCGCUCACAUCCACCAAAGGUGGGAAGUUCAUGAACCCCACGGACCAGGCCAGGAAGGAGGCGCGGAAAAAAGAAUUGAAGAAGAACAAGAAGCAGCGUAUGGCCGUCCGACAGGCGGUUCUCAAAGGCAAGGACCCCCAGCAAAUAAUUGAAGAUCUCAUCAAAAUCGAUGAGAUGGAAUACAAUAUCGCAGCGCCUCCCCCGCUCUCGGAAAAGGUUCUCACCGAUAAGCGUCGGAAACUGAUGGAGACAUUCGAAAGAGUCGAGACACUAUACAAGAAGGAGGAUCAGGAGAAGUACACUCAGCUGAAAUCUAUGUACAGAGAAUACGAGAACAGACGGAACGAGCUUGUCAAGUACUUUGAAUCUGUGAAGCAAGCGGAAAUGGUCACCCCCGACCAGAUCCCUCUGCCAGCCCCUCUGGACUUUGUUCAGGACAUUCCUAUGCCCCCGAUCGCACCCCCUUCAGCACCGCCGAGGAGUAUACUCAAGAAACAUCCAAGCUCGUUCUUCACGAACAUGCAGACCGUCCAGGGGAACACAACGUUCGAAGUCAAGUCCAAAGCCCCCGGCGUGCCGAUCGGUCCCCCGCCGGAUCUGUCGGACUGCUCCGAUGGGGAGGAAGAAGCACCACCGGUAACUCUGACCGCGCCCAAAAAGGUCCAUGCCACUCAACUCCAGGCGAAUCCGGCACCUCACGUCAGCGCCCCGGUCAAAUCGAAAAGCGAUAAGCAAUUGAGGUUCGCGCCUCAGCCCACGACGGCAAAGGAUGAAGUGCUAGAGUUCCUUCAGCAGCUCGAGAAGGUCCAUCAGAAGGAACAAGCACCUCCGAUGCUCCCUCCUCCUCCCGCGCAUCCCAUGGCGAUGCCUCCCCCGCCCAUGUGGAAUGCCUACCCCCCAGCCGGCCCACCUCCUCCGGAAUUCAUGAUGCCCCCAGGAAUGCCUCCGCAAGCGCCGCAAAGAAUGUCGAUGGGUCCGCCGCCGAAACUUCCGCCCAUGUCGCAACCUCCUCCUCCGAAAUUGGCAAAGCUAUCGACCGCGGGCAAAACGACGAUCCAGGCAAAACCCCAGAUGCGCAGCCUUCAACAAGAGGUGGUGAAGUUUGUUCCGACCCAGUUGCGUGUCAAGAAGGGCAGCGAAGUCGCCAGACCCCCUCAGAAGCGAGAUCCGCAGCCACCGCCACAGCAACAGCAGGACAAGCCCACGAAAGACGAUGCUUACGCCCAAUUCAUGAAGGAGAUGCAGGGCUUGAUCUAG